AAGGUACCACGGUCUUAAUGGUUGGGUGCAUCCAUUCGGAUGCGACAAAACGAUCACGACGUUAAUGUUUACACAGCAAAAUUGCAUAACUGCUGCAAACUGUGGACUUUGCCCAUGUACAUAGACACAACGUAUAUAAAAAUAAGUCGAUCGACCGCCAGGAGGCUCAUUUUUCGUGUGUCAGACAGCUAAACCUGUACAUUGUCGAAUACACGAUUCGCAUCGAGUUAAAAAUUAUAAAUCAUGGCACCCAUUGACCUGAACGGGACAUGGAAACUCGUCAAAAACGAGAAUCUUGAUGCUUUUCUCAAGGCGAUGAACCUCAACUUUGCCCUCCGUAAGAUGGCAGCUGCCGCUACUCCGGUCCUGGAAAUCACUCAAGAUGGAGACGUCUUCAAAGUCGUCACCAAGGGAGUCAGGACCAUUGAAGCUAAUUUCACCGUGGGCCAGGAGUUCACUGAGAAGAACCCGCUCAACGAGAAGGAAAUGAGCACCUAUAUGCCCGUAUGGGAGGGAACCAAACUACGAAUCGAUAACAAGAGCAACCCUGAGGCUAUCGAUGUUGUCCGUGAGUUGAUUGAUGGUCAACUUGUACAGACACAAACCAUCGGCACUGGAGACAAAGCUGUGGUUAGCAAGAGGAUCUUCGCUAAGAAGUAGACGCUGGAUGCAGCCGCUAAGGAAAGGUGCCAUUACAAGGGAGGAAAUGGAACUACGAUACAAGAUUCAACCUCUUAUGACUCACCAGUGCUGUCCCACAAUCAAUAUAAAUACACUGGCAUGUACUAACUUGGCUGAAACGAAGGACUCGUCUAUCACAAUGGUUUUCAGUUCAUUUUAUUUUACUCGUGUAGAAUAUUAUAUGGUCCCAAUCUAGGGCACGAGGUGUUAUCAGGUUGACGUUACAAUAUACGGGUAGAGUUCCACAUUCGCAGGACAAAUCAACAGCCUAGCCCAAUGACCCUCUUUGGUCGACGCGGUUAGCUCCACUGCGUUUUAACUUGUAAUUAAAGACAUUCAUUGUUCUGUUCGGUCCUGAUGAAGCUCUUGUUGUGGUCUUCCACUGACAAUUAGGUUAUCCACAAGUAUUCAUUUCACCGACUGUACGGGGAUGCUGCAGCAUAUUCCCUAGCCCAUUUCAUCAUCAAAUAAGCCUGUUCCUCUAUUUACAUCUCUUAUUUUUCGUAUUUGUACGAUGUGAAAUGCUUUCUUCUUAAGAAUGAAGUUGAUCUGUUAUGCGUAAGUUGCGAACUCUUGAACUUGUACUUAUAGUACUGCUAACAGCUAAAUGAUGUCAAGUUUUAAAUCUAUGGGAAAACAUGAAAUAGCAGUGUAGAAGUAAUUAAACAUAUUUCGAUUAAAUGUGAAAACCUUUAAA